AUGAGAAGAGGGAUCUCUUCGGCUCCGGACAAAGUGAUUUUAACAGGCGUUGGGGGCUCACAUCUCGACAAUAAUAUCAUUCUAACAGCGCUCUCGGAUCGAUUAAACCCAGCUCAAGCCAAUGCUACUUAUAUCCAAAUAAUAACUACACCACCGCCUUGCAACGUAACACAGACCUCAAAUGUAUGUUUAUCUGAGCCCUCGAUAAACAACAUUUACACCACUCCACAACAGGCUGCAGCAAAUGGAAGUGGACAUCGACCCGCAUUAGGAAGGCCGCCGGCCAAAAGGCGGCUAGCCCUCGAUGAUUCUGACCACCAGUACCAGUCAGAACCGUCAAGAACUCCAAAAGGUAGAGGAAGUGCUACAUUAGCCAUUGGAGCACAUUUAAAGACGCCAAAAACGCCCAAGUCUCCACCAGAGAGGACGCGGUACGACACCUCUCUGGGACUCUUAACAAAGAAGUUUGUGGACUUGCUCGCCCAGUCUGUUGACGGAGUUUUGGACCUAAACCUUGCUGCAGAAACUUUACAGGUGCAGAAAAGAAGGCUGUAUGACAUCACUAAUGUACUCGAGGGUAUUCACCUCAUCAAGAAGAAAUCAAAAAACAACAUUCAAUGGAUGGGCUGCAGUCUGUUGGAGGUUGAGGGGUCACUGAACCAGAGACAAAGACUGACAGCAGAAGUUUCUGCGCUGGCGGAAGAAGAGCAGAAACUUGAGCAACUCAUUCAGAGAUGCACCCUGGAUGCGAGGCACAUGAGCGAGUCGCCAAGCAACGAGAAAUAUGCGUAUGUGACAUGUGAGGACAUCAAUCAACUGGGAAACCUUCAGGAUCAAACUGUUAUUGUUGUCAAGGCACCCACGGACACGAAACUAGAAGUCCCAGAUCCUGAUGAGAGUCUAUCCAUUCACUUGACCAGCACCAGAGGUCCUAUAGAGGUUCUAUUGUGUCCAGAUGAGAAUGACCACAGUAGUCCGGUGAAAAAUGGGAGCAUGGACAUCAAUGGGAACUCGCCUUUCCUCAAAGUCUUUCAAGAGACCACCAUCCCGACCACGUCUCCUGGCCCCAACACUGCUGUGUCUGUCAAUUCUCUCUCGCCAAUCUCGUCCCAAUUCACCAGUCUUCUCCAGCAAACGGAAGACCAGAUGCCCUCAUCCCUGGGGCCUUUCUUGAACCUGGGGCCUCCCCUUCUGGAGCAAGACGACUAUCUUUUAGGAUUGGGAGACGACCAGGGAAUCAGCGACUUGUUUGACACCUGUGACUUUGAUAAAAUGCCCUCACUUGGCCUGGAUGAUCUCCUGUGUAGCUAG